AACAUGGGUAGAAAAUCGGGCCGUAUUAGUUACAGGUAUUACUUAUAGAAAACGGGCCUGGUCCAAAGAGUCCGGUAAUCAGUGAUCUUCUGAUCUCAAUCUCCCACCAAAAAAGGAAAGCUUUCUGAAGAACUUCCCUAAAACUGGAAAUCGAAGUGAGCUCAGAAAUAUGGCGAUUUCCAAACGGAUCAUAUUUCCUGCUCUACUAUGGCUUCUCGCUCUCUUCGGAUUCUUACUUCUUAUUCUGAAUCAUUUAAGUGAUCCUGGGUCACCUCAAUUGCAAAAAACUAGCGAUCCACUCGUAAGUAGUGAGCAUUUAGGGACUGGUAAUGAGGGUAAGGCGUCGGAUGGUGGACUGAAAGAAGUCACUCACCGUGUUUUCUUUGAUGUCGAAAUCGAUGGGAAAUUUGCUGGACGAAUUGUUAUGGGCCUCUUUGGAAAAACAGUCCCCAGAACUGUAGAGAAUUUUCGAGCGCUAUGCACGGGGGAAAAAGGAAUUGGAAACAGUGGGAAACCUCUGCACUUUAAAGGAAGCAAGUUUCACCGGAUCAUUCCAAGUUUUAUGAUUCAGGGUGGUGAUUUCACUGUUGGUGAUGGCCGCGGUGGAGAGUCUAUAUAUGGUGAGAGGUUUGCAGAUGAGAACUUCAAACUGAAACACACUAGUCCAGGACUUCUUUCAAUGGCAAAUGCUGGACCAGAUACCAACGGAUCACAGUUCUUUAUUACAACUGUUAAAACAAACUGGUUGGACGGACGGCACGUUGUGUUUGGUGAAGUGUUGUCAGGAAUGGAUAUUGUCCACAAGAUUGAGGCGCGUGGUACACAAAAUGGGAUCCCAAGAGGCAAAGUUGUCAUAUCAAAUUCCGGUGAAAUAAAAUCAUCAUCAUCUUGAGUACAGAAGGCGUUGCACAUCUUCACUCAAUAGCCCUUGGAAGCUGGCACCAGUGAGAUACAGCAGACUUUUGAUAUUUCUUGGACGAACAUAUACUAGCAUCUUGUACAAUGUUGACAUUAUUGUAAUCCCAGCAUAAUAUGCCACUAUGCCACUUACCAUAUCAAUAUUUCUUUUUUUUUUGUUGCAACAUCCUGCACUUUCAAAUGUUUCAAUACAUUCUUCAUUAUUCUGAAAGCUAUGCAGGAGAUCAUGUAAUGGCAUAAAUACAUUACUGUAAGCGGAGUCUUAUAAAACUAGCAUAUUUCUUCAUGACGGGUUGAUUAA